AUGGCUGCCAAUCCAAGGUACGUAAGAGUGAGGUCUCCCAGCUACACUGCCAAUACCCUAGAUCGCUGCCCUUCUCCGACAAUGCGCGACUCAUGUCUUUACUCCCCACCCACCUCACUCCAAUCCCUUGUCCACCAUACACGAGUGAAGUCCUUCCACUGACCUCACCUCCCCCGCAGAUCAAUCCGAGAUGCCACAAAAGCUUUACACGCCCACUUCGCCGCUCCCAACGUCCCACCCUCGCUCCCCGCCGAGCGCCGCCGUACGCUACAAGCCUUCAUCGACGAGUACGACGAUUCUGUCGACGAAGAGGACGCCCGUCGCGUCAAUCAAGAGCUCAAGCACUUCUGGCACAAGUAUGUCUCCGGCAGUCCUCGGAAGUCGGGUGCUUUUGUCGGCGUGCUCAGAGAGCUGCGCCCGGCCAUUGUGGAAGAGGAUGACAUUCUGGAAUGGUACGAAGCCGUGGUCAAGCCCUGCCUCACAGCGCUGGACACCGAGAAGACGGCAUUGGACGAUGCAUGCGAAUUCCUUGCGGGAGUCAUGAUAUACGACGAGACUGCCGACAAUGCUCAAGAGCGAGCACGAACCUCUGCUCGCAUCUACGGUGACCUACUCGAUGUCUAUCUCGCUCGAACUCGUGGCAUCACUCCAGAUCACCAAUUCGUCGCUCCCGAGAAUUCUCAAAUCGCCAAGCAGGUCGAGACGGCUCUCAUCUUCUUCGGUAGGAAGAUGCCUAGACCUCUCUUCCACCGCCUCGACGAUUUGAUCGUGCGAGCUGCCACCCGUCUCCCAGGCCUCACCUUGCUGAGCUCUUUCCUCCAGGUUCAAGCACCCCACUUGUACCUGGUCACGCACACUCCGCUCGUCGACGACCUGCUGAAGUGCUUGAUGAAUGAUACAUCCACCACCGUGCUGUCUGUGGCACUCACGUCCUUGAUCAUGCUCCUUCCACACCUUCCGAGCUCGUUGAAGUCACGACUGCCAAGGCUGUUCUUGAUCUACACCAGACUGCUAUGCUGGGAGAAGUUCAGCCCCUUGAGUACCGAAGCCCAGAAGAAGCUGGUCACGGACGACCGAAUCUCCGACGAUGAGUACGAUCGCGGAGACGUUGGUAUUGACUCCAAAUGGGAGAAGUGCAUACCGUCAGAUGGCAUACUGGAGCCGGCGACCCCUGAGCUGAUGACAUAUUUCACCUGCCUCUACGGUAUCUAUCCGCUGAACUUCAUGAGCUACAUCAGGAAGCCGCGCAAGUAUCUCAAGCUCCUUAACUUUCCGGGCGCUGAUGACUUCGAUCUUGCCCAAGCAGUCAUCCGGAGUAGGAGUGAUCAGUUCCGGCAGGCUCAUAUACUCCAUCCGAACUUUUACAACAUGACGCCCGAAGAAGAGCUGAUCGACCCGAAAUGGCCCAAGUUGGACCCCUCGGACGUGGUCGCCGAGUGUCACGGACUCGCCAUCAAUGCGAAGCCGUCACUCCUUAGUCCUGGUCCACCACCGACCGGCAAGUUACCGGAGAUACCACCACUACCUCCUAUACCCUCGAGCAACAACGGCUCGAUAUCGCCUGCAAUCAGCCAGAUGAGCCUGCGCUCUGGCCACAGCUGGCGCGAUACCUUAUCCACUGCGGUCCCGGCGGAUCCAGAGAGUCCUAUCCUGAGGCCCAACGAUGAACACGGUGAGGGGGCUCCACGACUGCGAUCCAGGGGUUCGCAAGCAACAACGAAGGCUUCGCCUCUGCUUGAUGAAUUCCCGCUACCUGGAAGCGGCUUUCAUCGGGAGAAGAAAGAGCCCCUGACGAAUCUAGAGUACCUUCAACAGAAACUGACGGCGCUACAAACCGACUUGAACUUUGAGAGGUGGCACAAAGCUCAAUACUCGCAGCACAUCAGUCAAUUGAUGCGGAAGAACGUCAAGGACGCCACUGUCGAAGCGGAGACGCUGAACUUGAUCAAUGCGAAUCGUGCUCUCAAGAAGGAGUUGGAGCAGGCCCGUAUUGCGCGCGAAGCCACGAUCAAGGACUCUAACCUGACGCGCAAACAGGCCAACAACCUCGAGACGAACAUGCAGGAACGCUUUAACAAGAUGAAGAAGGAGCAAGAGGUCUGGGUCAACGAUGCCGAAGAAUUGAAGAGGCUGCGUGCAGAGAUGAAGCAUCACCGCGACUUACUUUCCGCCGCGGAGGCUCGUGAAUCCAACCAAAAACACGAACUGGAGAUCAUGCGACGCGACGUGGAUCAGAUGCGUAGGCUUCAAUCUCAACUGCAGGAGGCGCAGCGCAAGGUUCGAGAGUAUGAGCUUCGAGAAUUCGAUUAUGAGCAUGCAAAACGCGAGUUGGAGAUAGCGCAGAGCGAGAAGGAUACCCUGCAUUUGCGACUUCAGCGGCAUGAGCAGGAUCGCGAGCGGACGAAGCGCGUGUACACGGACAGGAUUGCGGAACUUGAAGCGCGCAUGGGUUCUGGUGGCCCAUACGAUCGGCCAUCAGCAUCACCCUCGAACGACACUCAUGCCUUACGACAAGCUCUCGCGGAUGCGCAGUCGAGGCUGGCGCAACUCAAGAAAACGCAUUCCCGCCUGUUGGAAAAGCACAUGGAUCUGGAGCUCGAGUACCAAUCGAUCAAAAGUCAGCUAGAGGGUCUCCAAGGAAGCGCGUACGGCACAGAAGGACUGGCGAGAAGCGGCAGCGUCCUACGAAACUCGACCAUCACGAGCGGCGGUAUCAGCGUGAACCGCGGAGGGGUCCUCGAAAGUGUCUACGGUAUCGACAGCGAGUAUGAUGCUGCCCCGGAAGUGGCAGCUUAUAGCCGCAUCAGUACCAGCGAUCCCACGCCACGACGGUAUGACAGCACGCGCGACCUCAUCGCGAAUGCGGUCCCGCCUGGCUCUCCGCAACGAAGCGAAGCUGUGCUUCACAAUGGAGCGGGGUUGACGUGGAAGCCUGCCUCUUCGGCGCACAGUGUCAUGAGCUCAAGAUCUGGCGCGGGAGGUGGGGCCUUUGGGUAUAACGUGACUGUGCCGCUGAGGGCGGAUAAGAGGAGUAUUUCGAGUGGGAAUAGUGGGGAAAGGCGAGAGCGGGAGAGGGAGAAGAUUGCGGCGAAUAGUGAGGUGAGGGUGUAUGGGCGAGGUGAGUGACCAGACAAUCUGUCAUGAGAAAUUGGGGAUGAGAGGCUAAUUUGUUCUUUGUGGAAUAGGUGGUGCGCAGAAUAUCAAGAUGAAGCCUAAUGAGAAGGAGAAGGAUCGAGACAAGGGAGGCUCUUCGAAGGCGGAAAAGCAGAAGGGCGGCGGGUUCAAGGCUCUGAAAGGGAUCGCUGGAUUAUAA